AUGGGCAUCUUCAGUCGUAAACCUCGGGACGGCCAAGCUCACGCAGCCGCAGCGCCCAAACACCAUCAUGACAAAGGCACUCCUUACUACUCCAUGAGUACACGGCCUUCGUUCGGCCAGUGGCUCAAGCAUACCUGGCUCGACAUUGUCACAAUGGUUGUGAUGGGCGUAAUUGGUCUUGGUGUCUACGAAGCUCACCCAGCACCAACCCGGUCAUUCCCCAUCACUUUCUCCGACGGCGAGGUUGUCUACCCCGAGUUCGCCUACCCUCUUCGAAAGGAGAUCGUCCCCAUUUGGGCUGCUGCGUUGCUCGCCGCCCUUGUUCCCAUCUUUGUGUUCCUCGUCAUGCAAAUCCGCAUACGCUCGUUCUGGGACGUCAACAACGCUAUCAUCGGCCUCCUGUACGCCUUGAUUACCGCCGCCGUCUUCCAGGUUUUCGUCAAGUGGCUCAUUGGAGGCUUGCGCCCGCACUUCUUGACCGUGUGCCAGCCUGACAUCUCUCUUGCUUCCAAUAAUGCCGGCGUCGUUGGGUCCGGAUAUAAUGCUGCUGGGUUCAAGCAGAUCUACUACACCAGCGAGAUCUGCACCGGGGACCGCAACACCAUUGACGACAGCCUCGAGUCCAUGCCGUCGGGUCACACGACCGCCGCUUUUGCGGGCUUCGUCUAUCUGUACCUCUACCUCAACGCCAAGCUGAAGGUCUUCUCCAACUACCACCCUGCUAUGUGGAAAUUGAUCGCCAUUUACGCACCAAUCCUUGGAGCUUGCCUGAUCGGUGGCGCCCUGACAAUCGACGAGUUUCACAACUGGUACGAUAUUCUUGCUGGCGCCAUCAUCGGCACAGUCAUGGCCUUUUCAGCCUACCGAAUGACAUACGCAGCGAUCUGGGACUGGCGCAUCAACCAUAUUCCCCUCAACAGGGGAGCGCCAUUUGAUUUUGCCAAUGCCGAGCUCACGCAUGCCACAUUCACGAGGAAGGUUGGCUGGGGCGCUUCAACUGGUGGUCUGAGCGGACAACAGGGCUAUAGCAAUGGUCACAACGCGCCCGUCGGCAACAACGGCGUCUCGAGCGUCUCGAGGAAGCCUGUUGGUUCCAGCCGGGCUCCUGAGGCUAUGGUCUAA